AUGGGCGGCAUGGCUUAUGUCUGCUCCAGGCUAGUGCCUCUAGCUAUUUGGGUGCUAGUGUUCGUCUGCAGGAAUGCAGCCGGGCUCGUGUCUACCGCUCACGGCACCGUUACGGCAGCAUCAGCGAGACGGCCCCUGACAAUGUCCAACGCCGGCAAGAAGAGGCAAAGGGAGGUGGUGGUGAUUGGGGGUGGCUGGGCAGGAUUCGGGGCGGCAUCACACCUGUCUAGCGCUGGCGUCAAGGUUACCCUCCUGGAGGCGCAGCCAUCCGCGGGAGGAUUGGCCGCUGGGUGGGAGACGGCGAAGGGCAAGAGGGUGGAGGUGGGUAUUCACGGCUUUUGGAGAUCCUACCGCAACAUCGACCGCUUGAUAACGGAAGAGCUCAGGCUGGAUGCACGGAAAGUCUUCACUAGAUAUGAGAGGUCGGCACUGCAUACGAAGGAUGGACUUAGCGUCGUGGCGCCGAUUUUGGGUGAGCUGCCCAAGACUCCCAGCUCCUCUUGGGGCCGGCGUUGUACCCGAUGUUCAGACAGAGCGAGCGCACUGGGCUUGACGAAGGCGUUCUUGGAUUUCGACGGUAGCGAGGAGGCUUGGCGGCGGUACGACAAAAUCACGGCCAGAGAGCUUUUUCGAAACGCCGGUGUCUCUCAGCGCUUGUACGACGAAUUUCUAGAACCGAUGCUGCUGGUGCUGCCGAUGUGCCCCGGCGAAGAUUGCAGCGCGGCUGCGGCCCUGAGCUGUUUCCAGUACUUCGCGCUGGAGCACCAGGGUGACUUCGAUGUGCGAUGGCUCCGCGGGAGUGCAUCUGACCUGAUAUUCGCCCCCUGGCUGAGAGCAAUAGAGAGGGAUGGUGGCAAGGUCAUCGGAGGCAAAAGAGUUUCGACCAUCCGGUUCAAGGGGUUACCGGUAGCGGAGAGCACUUUGGGUACGGCUGCUGGCGUCGCCAAGAUGGCGUCGAGCGGCGGAGAGGGCAACGAGGGAGACGAGAAAGGUGGGGGGGGACAGGGCGCAGGCGAUGGCGAGGCUUGGAGAAAAGCUAACGGGGGUGGUGCUGUUGAUGGCGACCCUGAUGCCGAGGGUGACGGUUGCUCGAUGUGGGUGGAGACAACAGACGGAGAGGUCUUCAAGCCGGAUGCCGUAGUGCUCGCCGUCGGCAUAACAGCCGCCAAGGCGUUGGUCCGGAGCUCCCCCGAGCUGGCGUCGAAGCCAGAAUUCCAGGCGCUCUCUAACCUCAGGGGGGUUGACGUUGUCGCCACCCGGCUGUUCUUCGACAGGAGAAUUGACUUACCAAGAGCGGCUUCCGUGGCGGGCGGCGGGUUAGCUCCCGGGUUGGAGACGGCGGGUCUGACCUUUUAUCAUCUCAACGAGCUGCAGGAUGCUUAUCGCUCUCAGGAGGCCUCAGUCGUGGAGGUUGACAUGUACCACGCCAGCCCUCUGCUACCGAUGAGCGAUGAAGGCAUAAUGGAGACCGCCCUUGAAGCCCUUAACAAGGCGCUUCCCGAGCUAGGCGUUGCGAGCGACAUGCUUGAGGACUUUGCUGUGGUCCGGGCACCUCAGGCGGUCAGCCACUUCUUCCCAGGCGCUUUCCAACACUUGCCCCGGAUUCAGCCGUCAGCGGACCUCCCGUCGGUGUUCAUGUGCGGCGAUUGGGUAUGCCGAGGAGGACACCGAUCAUGGUCACAGGAAAAGGCUCUUGUGGAAGGCAGGAGAGCAGCAGCUGCCGUCUGCAAACAGCUCGGCGUUCGAGAGGGCUACUACCCGAGCAUUCUCCCCAUCGAGGAGGACGAACCUCAUGUUAGGCUGGGCCGUUCGGCUUUCCGGAGGCUGAGAUCGACAUCUUUGCCAAGCCGAGCAACAGUUGGUGUGUUUCUUGGCUGA